ACAAACAACACAACUUUUAUUAUGAUAUUCAAUAACACAACGAAAUCUAGCGUUACCCUCCAUGAGUAAUCUAUAUACAUAAACAUGAUGCUCCCAUGUUUCCUUAUUCACAAAUUGUAGAGAGAUGGAUUAUAGUGGGGCUAUCCAAGUGGUAGCAGCGCAAAAUUGUACUGCAGAAGAAGUCGCGAUUGAUAUCGACGAAUCUGCAGUUGAUAUGCAAAGCCGUCUUGAACAAAACAGACGAGAAAUUCCAACAACAAAAAAUAGGAGCUCGGUGUGCAUAUAUAGAGUUCCUCCCGGCCUCGCCGGAAUCAGUCCAAAAGCCAUUCAGCCAGAAAUAGUCUCCAUCGGGCCAUACCACCACGGCAAAAAGGAGUUAUCGGAAUUUCAGAGCUACAAAUGGUGGUUUCUUGAUCGCCUCCUUUGGCGAACAAAGCGCGGCCUACAAGACUACGUGAAAGCCAUGAGCAGGUUGGAGAAAAGCACGAGAAAUUGCUAUUCCGACCACCACGAGUUGAGCGUCAGCGACUUUGUUGAAAUGAUGGUUCUUGAUGGGUGCUUUAUAAUCGAGCUUUUUCGAUUUGUUUGUGAGAGCAAUGACGAUGAUCACGUCGUUGAUGAAAAUGAUCGCGAGGGCAACCCGAUCUUAGCCACGCCAUGGUUGAUUCCAAUUCUCACGAGGGACCUCCUCAAGCUUGAAAAUCAACUCCCUUUCUCUGUCCUCGAAACAUUAUACGACAUCUCGAGGGAUCAACGUAAAGCCGCGGUUCCACUAGUCAUCCAAGCGGUGAAGUUCUUCAGUAAUUCAUUACUUAGGCCUACUGAGGUCCUUAAAAACUCAAGAAUGUUGGAGCCUGAGCACUUGCUUGACUUGUUUCGCUUAACCUUCCUUCCCCUCAAAGGUACUUCAAAUGAUCAGUACUCUUAUCAAAAGUUAUACCGUCCAUCCUCCGAGUCAAUCCAGUGUACCACAGAACUACGAUCCUCGGGGAUCGAGUUCAAGGCACGCAAAGCAGCGGACAGCUUCCUUGACAUCAAUUUCCAAAACAGGGUUCUAUAUAUCCCACCUUUAACCAUCAAUGACUUCACCACUACUUUCAUCAUCAAUUGCUUGGCCUUAGAACAAUGCCGCCAAUACAGUACAGGUACGUGGUUCAGCACUUACAUUACUUUCAUGAGCUGUCUCCUCAGUUCAACUAGAGACGUCAAGUUACUGUGUUCUAAUGGGAUCAUCAGCACCGGCUUCUCACAGAAUGACCAAAACGUAGCUGAGAUGUUUAGAAAGUUGGGGGAAAAAGCUGGAUUCAACAUAAGAGAUUGCUACCUCUCCAAGCAAUUCAGAGAUGUGGAGGCCUAUUACAGCAGCCAUUGGGCUACUUUCAUGCGCACCUAUUUUAGCAAGCAAUGGUCCUUCAUUACAGUUUUUUACGCCUUCAUCCUUCUUGUCGUUACCGGAGGCCAAACUGCUAUGGCUAUCAUGAGCUACAUCAACAAUUAAAAGAACAACAAUACUGAUAUUUUGAUGAAGGGAGCUCUUGGCUCUCCCUCAAACUUUCUGUUUUGUUUUAACGUGAACAAUAAUUGGCUGGUCAAAAUUUUGAAAGAAGUCCUCUCAAAACACUGACUGAUUCACUCAAUUUCUUGCUCAUGAAACUGUUCAUAUUAUAAAUCAAUAAAGUAUGAAAUGAUUUAGU